AUGGAUGAGGACGAACAAGGUGUUGCCGGCAUGCGUGUGCGAAGCGCUGAUGACCACGCAGGAGAACGACAGCUUGAAGAAGCACGAGAAGCUGUCGAAGAAGACGACCGCGAAGAAGAACGGGGCUCCCCACAACAGGAGCCAGGUAAUGCAGACAACACACAUGACGACGACGAGGAUGACGAGGAUGUUGAAGGAGAUGGCGUUGAUGGUGAAGGCCUCGGUGGUGGCAAUGGCAACGGUGCCAGUGUUGAUCAGGAUGAAGCAACCACGGUCGACGCCAUGAUCAACAACAGCACCAGCAUCCACAAUACUCACACCACCACCACCACCAACAACAACAACAGCGGGUCGUCGCCUGUGGUAGAGGCAGACAUGUCUGAGAUUGCCCUGACUGUCGCCGCGACAAACACGGCCAUGGACGUGCUUCAGCGCCUGAGUAACGUUUCGCUGCGCUCCCCCACACCCACGCACCGCCCGCACCCCGUGGCGGUGUGGCCCUCGGAGACUGCGUCAGCGCCUGCAACCGAGGGGGACGACACAACUCCAACGACCACCGCGGAUGCAGCGGGCGUCUCCGUUGCUGCCACACCUUCGCCAGCAACGGGCCCCGCUGUUGCUCUGACUGCUGCUCCGACUGCCGGUGUGAACAGCCGGGGUCGUGGUCGGCACCACCGCCGAGCCCAGCAGCACGCGCAUGCGCAGCACGCUCAGCACGCCCGUGCCCAUCAGCAGCAGCAGCACCGCCAACAGCAGCAGCAGCAGCAGCAGCAGCAGCAGCAGCAGCAGCACCCACCACCACCGUCUUCAUCAUCAGCACCAUCGGCCCACCACGCGCCGACGAGCCGCAACGGCGGUGACGGCAGCACGCAGCGCAUGCAGCGCCUUGCCCACCAGCGCCACAUGCAGCAGUAUCACCGCAACGCCGCCGCCGCAAUCGCUGCAACAACAGGUGUCAUGCCAGUGCAGGCAGCAACACCAUCAGCAACAGCAGCAACGGUGGCGAGUGGGAGGCAGCAGGGCGCUGCCAUGUCCCCGGUGACGCCCAACACGGCGGCAGACGCCCCAACGGCAGAGGCGCUUGCACUUGCGGUGCUAGCGGACGCGGGCACUACAGCCACACCAUCAGCAACCGGCGAGAGGGGUGGCGGUGGCAGUGGAGAUGGAAGAGACACCACCACACCUGGCACCGCCAGCAACGAUCAAGCCAUGACGGCUGCUGCCGUGCUGGCUGACGAGGAAGAGGACCCCACGAUGGGGUGGGACCAGGAGCUGUUUGUGCAUCCUCCGGACGAGCUGCUACGCUGCCCCGUGUGCGGCCUUGUCAUGCGUGACGCCGUGCAGUGUCCGCAGCAGCACUGCUUCUGUCGACCGUGCCUCACCACCGCCCUGGCGCACAAGGCAGCGUGCCCCGUGUGCCGCAAGAUCAUGUCGUGGGAGGAUGCGCAGCCGAACCGCAUGGUGCGGGCCAUGGUGGACCGUUUGGUUGUCCGCUGCCGCAACCACACGCACGGCUGCAGCGUUGCCCGCCCCGUUGGCGAGAUUGAGUCGCACCACAAGGCGUGCGAGUACGCCAUUGUGUGCUGCCUCAACCAGGAGUGCCACCACCGCCUCCCGCGCAACGAGAUGGGCGACCAUCUUGCCACGUGCGAGUUCACGCGCAUCACGUGCGAGGACUGCGGCGAUCGCUUCCUCGUCUCCGACCGCGCCCGCCACUCGUGCCUGCGCUUUGUGCUCGGGCAGGUGCGCAGCUUGGCAGAUGCGUUGCGUCAGCGCGAUGACGAGAUUGCGUCACUGCAGCAGAAGAACAGGGACCUUGAGGCGCGCGUGCUUAUGCUUGAGGAGCACUCGUACCACAUGCAGCAGGACGCGUCCAGGCACGACACGCCCUCCCCUUCCUCAGCAACGCACCGCCCCCGCCGCCCUGCCCCAGGGGACAUUGUUGUGCUGUCACACGACUAUGAGACGUAUGCGGACGCGUGCGACGGCCCGCUUGACAUUGGGUGGGCUGGCUGGGUGCUGGCUGACGACCUCACAGAUGACCUCCCCAUCCGCGUGCACGUGCACACGCGCGGGGAGUGGUGGUACGCUGCUGGGGCGCUGCGCGUGAUUGCGCACCCGGGGGACGUUGUUUCGCGCCAGAUUGCCAUCAAGGGCCUGCCUGUGGUGCGAGGGCUCAACUGGAAGUGGGGCAUGCAGGACGGGGGUGCGGGCAAGGUUGGCUUCAUCACGCGGUGUAAGGGGGACUGGUGUGACUGCACGUGGCCGCACGGUGAUAUGGAGAACGCGUACAGGAUUGGGCCGCACAAGUUUGAUCUCCUCGUCGCCAAUAUGGUGGCCAUCCCGCCCACCGCGUACUGACGCAUGCGGCAGAUGGGACGCCAAGGAAAGCAGGAUUCGGUGUGUCUGUUGUGUGUCUGUUGUGUGUCUGUGUGUGUGUCUGUUGUGUGUCUGUGUGUGUGUCUGUUGUGUGUCUGUUCCUACCCCUUCGCUGUUUGCUUGCAUGCAUGCUGUUUGACACUUCUUACUUAUGAAUAAGAGACAUUGGUAUUGGUG